UAUAGCUAUUACUUUUAUAUUAGCUGAGGAACUGUCUCAAUUUCAGUGGGAUUGGCCCACCCCACUUGUGCUGGCAGAAGGGGCAUGCUGUGGAUCCUGUCAACCAAGGAAUUUGAUUUCAGGAGAAGAGCCUUUUCGGCAAUGGAAGCCACGAUCAGCAACUUCAUUCCCCUCAAAGUGAGAUCUGCUCUCACUCUCUUUACCCUUUGUAAAGUCUUAAACCUGGUUCUAGCAAUAGGCCUGUGGCCCAGAGAGGAGUGUGUUAGCCUGGAGGUGAUUACUGGAUUAAUAGAAGGUCUGACCUUUAUUGUAUAUUCCCUGCUGCCUUACUAUUUCUUGUUAAUAUAUUUAUUGUUUGCUGUUUCAGUCUUUGAUACUAUGAUUUUAUUGGAUUGUAAAUUAUCCAGAUUUGUGUGACAGCAAGAUGGGCAGCAAAUAACAACAAUAAUGAUUACAGUUUUCAUUUCAUAAAAAUAAUUAAAAUGCUAAGAUGGCACCAUGAAUUGUACGUAAUCAAUGAUUAGUGAUAUGGUCAAUGAUCAGUGAUAAUAUUCAGUCUUAAUACCAUGUUUGCAGUAUUAAAAAUAUACGGACAAUCUGCUUUUCUUCUAUGUAUUUUGGAUGUAAUUUAAGUCAAUAUAACAUUUUAUUACCUAACAAAAUUAAACAUAAACCAUCUAAAAUAUUAUGCUUUGUGCUUUUUCCGCACAUCAGUUACUUCUUAAUGCUUUAAGGCCGAACAGGAAUGGGGCAAGAAGCUUUAUUCUCUAGGAAUUAAGAGAAUGUGUAAGAGUGGCUAGCUUAUAUACACACAAAACUGCAAACUAGAAAGCUGCUGAAGACAUGAUGUGGUCCAGUGUUUCGGUAACAGUUGUAGAAGAAUAAAUGACUUUUCCUAGAAUAUUUUUAUUUUCAAAUAUUUAUUUUAGUUCCAAACCAGGCUUUUCAGAUGCAGAACAAAAUUUAGAUUGCAUAUUGACAAUGUUAUUUUUUUAGUAUGAUUGAAUAAAAAUACAAGAAAAAUAUAUUAAGUUCUCAGAUUGUGCCAAGGACAGAGAGUUUAUAAAGUCAAAUAGGUAAAAAAUAUUGAAGCAUAAACAUGUAAUUUUUCUAUUUCCCAUGGUGGAUUCAUGGUGUAAAUAGGUGUAUAGAAUAGGGCAAGUGUGGAAAGUAAGAAUUGAACAUUAUUUUUUUAGUGCUGAUGAGCUUUUGUUCAUAACAAAUGCAAAAUUUGCAAAGCAGCAAUUUGUAGUAGCAGUGGAGAAUCCAUUGUAAUUUCAAGCAGUUUACUGAUACAAAUUUGAUUUCUCCCUCAUAUUAAGAAAAGUCUAUAAUUUUACAGCUUUUCUGAGCAAGCAAUGUUGUUUGUUUUUACGGUUGUUGCUGAAUAAAGGAGAAAGCGGGGGAGCUUCACCUACGGUAGCUUCAAAGAUUUUCUGUCUAUGAAAGAUUCUUGCUUUCAAUCCCAGAGUCAAAACUUGGUCAGGAGACUGCAUGCCAUUCAGUCAAGGUCAGGUUUUGCAGUCUCCUGACCAAGUUUUGAUAAAAACCUUGGGAUUGUUGUUGUUUAUUGGGAGCUUCUGCACAGAACUUUGCAUUGGCUACUGUGAAAAUUUGCCACCCCUUAGUUAUUUCUGCAAUAUUAUUAAGAAGCUCCUGGCAGCUUGUAAGAGAUCUGAAAGUCAUCUUACUUGAAACCAGAAUCAGCAGAAAUUGGAAAUAGACAUGCAAAAGAACAUCUGGACCAACGAAUGAGUGGUGCUGGAUAUGUGAAAGCAAAAAUGGGUUUGGAUCUCAAAAAUUCUAGUACAGUACUUGAAGCAAAGAUACCAAAAGACUCACAACCCAUUAAUAGUGCUUUAAUACCUCUUGAAGAGCGUGAAAAGAUCACCAUGCAAUUUAAAGCUACAGCUAAUCUUGGUGAGAAAAGAAGCAUUAUGGAGUCUAUAGACGUCUUCUCUCAUAAAGAACAGUCUGGCAUGAGUGGCAGAGAUCCUGAUGACAAAAAAAGGAAGAAAUUGUCACAUGAUUUGGGGAUCAUAAACAUCAGAGAGAAGGAUAAAAAAAAAGAUAAACUGGAGAGCACCAAGUUUAAAAAAGUAAUUUUAAAACAUAUAAUGGAGGAAUUCAAGGAAACUGUGAAACCUGCAGAAAGUUCAUUCCUUCACAAGAAAAAAACACUAAGAUUGAGUGAAUUCACCCAGAAGAUGAACUGUACCAAAACCCAGCAUGUUCCAGGUUUACCUUUUACUUUUGCAGAUUCUAAAGUGCAUACGCAGGCUUGCAAAAAAGAUAAUCUUGAAAAAGAGAAGCAUCUUUCUUUAGAACUUUCCAGCAAAAAUGGUAAAGAAGUUAAAUGCACGCUUUCAUAUCACCUGACAAAGCUGCCCAAAUGUUGGAAGUAUAAAAAUGAAGAACCAACACCUACUGAUUCAGAGAAGAAUAUUUGUAAUUCAAGGAUUCAAGGAAAUAAAUUUGAACCUGUCACAUUUCAUUCAAGUUGGAGCUCCAAACCCUCAUGUUCUUCCUUUGAAAAUAUCGAAAAUACAGAUGUGGACCAAGAGAUGCAGAUUGUAGAAGACUUGCAUGCAGCUCGUAUUGAGAAGAAAAUGGAUCUGCCUGUUGUGCAGGCUUGUGGAGAGCUAACUUGCAUGGAAAUAGAUCUUGCAGAUGAGGAAUCACAUAUAUCAUCUAAUAUUUUCUCUGGGUUGAAUACUUUGAUUGUGAUUGAUACUAAUAUAAUGAUCAGCCAUUUGACAUUCAUCAAAUAUUUGAAGGAUGCAAAUAUUCCAGGCAUAGGCAGAUUUUUGCUAUUAAUUCCCUGGGUAGUUCUACAAGAACUGGACAACUUAAAGCGAGGGAAGAUAUUGGCAAACGUUAGCCAAAAAGCAAUCCCUGCAGUUCACUUCAUCUAUACUUGCCUGAAAAAUCAAGAUCCAAGGUUGUGGGGUCAAUCCAUGCAGCUUGCUUCUCAAAAAACACAAAGUUUCAAUACUGACAACAAUGAUGAUCGUGUGUUACAAUGCUGCCUUCAGUAUCAGAAUCUCUAUCCUCAAGCUGAAGUAAUCUUGCUGACGGAUGAUAAAAAUUUGUGCAACAAAGCCCUAGUGAGUGAAAUAAAGGCAUAUAGUAAAGCAGAUUUGGUUGCUGCCUUCCAGAAAAUGACUCCAAAGGGCACAAUUAUUAGUGAAGAUACUUCCAAUAACAAGUGGGGAAAAGAUAAAUACCCCAAGAAGACUGAGAAGAGUUCUACUAAUCGUCUUUCAGAAAUUAUUUUUGAUAUGGAAAAAAGCUUGGGAGAUGUUUUAUCUUCUAUUUUAGAAACAGAAUUGAAGAUUGCUUUUGGAGAUCUAUGGCUUGAGGUAGUAUAUCACAAACCACCUUGGACAUUAGCAAAUGUGUUGGAGUGUUACAAAAAACACUGGAUGGCAGUUUUUGGACAAUUUAUAUCAAGAAGCCUUAUUUCAAGUAUUGAAUAUCUCUAUGCACAUCUUUGUAAAGAUAAAAUAAUAGGAUAUUCAACACUGAGGAAUGUCCUCUGGGAGUCCAAAAUGUUAUUGGAAAUGUUCAGUUCAAGAUCCACCUAUGAUGGUUUUCUUUCACGGGCUUUAGCUCAAAUGAAUAAAUUACUCAAGACUGUUGAAGAGAUGGAGUCAUGUAAAGGAGAAAAUUCUAAAGAUAUCCUGAAAUCUAAUUUGGGAAAUGAUACAUGUGAAAAAAUGGAAGAUGUGAUUUUGUCAGAACACACUCAGACAGAAGAUAAGUCUCCAUUAAGAGAGCCUUCAGCACAAGAAAAUAGGCAUAUGGAAAUCUGGUCUGUCCUUGAAAGUGUAUGGAACAGAAUCAAUGUGUUCAGUUUUGAAAUUUUCCAAAAAGUGGACCUUAGUGCAAUACCCCCAACUUCGAAUAUGUCUUCAUUUCAAGAAGCUUUUAUGGAUCUGCAGAAAUUAAUGAGCACAGUGAAUGAAAUUCUUGCUGGAAUUCAGCAAGUCUUAGUGCCAAAUAGUAGCUUUCAAGAUGUUUGGGCCUUGUAUAGAUUCCUAACUAAUAAUGAGGUAAAUAAUAGUACAAAAUUUACUGCUGAAGAACUUUAUGACUGUAUUUCCCAAGAAAUAUACAGAACACGGUUAUCAGUUGGAUGUGGCCAACUAAUUCAACUGGAACAUACUGUUAGACAGUGCUAUGAAUCGGUUCUUUUGGACAUUAAGAACAGAGGAUGGUUCUAAGUCCUUCCAUUAACAGAAACAUUUGAAAGACUGAUUUUCUUCUCACCUUGCAAAACAAACCUAUGACCCAGCUACCUAAAAGCUUGAACCUCUGUAAUUUAUUGGUCUUUUUUGCUGUUUUUAGCAACUUUGAUGAUCACAUUUAAAGAAACAUUAAUCCAUGGUUUGGCCUUAUUUGUAUAUAUGUGUGUAUGUUUCCACUUCCUGGAAGAAGACAGAGUUAGAACUGGGACCAUGGUGAAGGGAUUUUUAAAUCUCCCUGACAAUAUUAGCUUUUACUCCUCAUGUAAACCACUUCUUUAGAGGUGAUAUUACCCUUUCCCAGAGAAAUAUUCUAAUGACAAUGAUAUAGCUCUAUCCCUCUCCUUCCCCAGCAUAUCAUAAUUUCAAGUUGAGUUGUGCAGACUUUUUGAUCAUGAAGCUUGCAGAUGCAGGCAUUAGCCCAUUCCCUGCAAACAGUCUCAGUGCAUAAUGCCCAUCUGCCUGCUUUUCUUGACCUACUGAAUUUGUAGCUGUCAUAACUACAGUUUCUUGAAAUCCUCUCUUUCUUCCAGCUUAAUCACCAAAGAGCUCACUGAAAAAGUGCGGAAGUUAGACAUCAAAUGCUAUGGCUGUGGGAACUAUGCAACCAUA